UAUAACAGUGUAAUCAUAAUCGAGUGGUUUUAAUAAACAUUCAUUGUUAAGCUGUUCGGAGUUUCCUUUGGAAUCUGGUGCCUUCUUCGUGUGCUAUUUCAUAUUUCAGAAGUGACAAGAACAAUUGCAACAGUAUGUCCGAGCCUCCCGACCCUCGACGAAAGCUUCUAACUCCAAGGCGAAGACAUGCACACACGGACACAAGCCGGAGCCGUAGUCGCCUGCGAAGCCGAAGCCGUAGCCGUUCCCGGUCGGGUCGGGACGUUGAGCUGGGACGCGAGCGACUACGGAUGCUGGAAGCAGAAGUACGACGCGAACGCAACCGCGUGCGCGCUGCUGAAGACCUACGUGAACCGCCGCGGCGCGCCAGCCCACGUCGAGCAGCCAGUCCUCAUCGAAACCCCUCCGCCUCCGCGUCAGCAAGGGGCCGGGACGAGGAGCAUCGAGCUGAGCGUGGAUCACGGCAGCCUAACACCGAAGAACGGAUUAUCAGGUCACGUAGCCCUUCUUUUUCUAAGAGUGAUUUAAUCGAUAUAUUUAAAAAUCUGCGAGAUGGUCUGGCAUCGCUACCCGUUCACCAAAGCGCACCCCAGCCAUUACAAAAAAUUGAUCAUAAGAAUAUUUUGCCAAAUUUUGAUCCUUCGACAAAAAAUCAAAGGAUGGAUGUAUGGUUGAAGAAGGUCAACGAGUGCGCUUCGGUAUACGGGUGGGAUGAGAGAACAACUACGCAUUUUGCUAUGCAGAAACUUCAAGGUCUGGCUAAAACAUGGUAUGAGAGCCUGAAUUCAAUUUUGUUUACGUGGGCCGAGUGGCAGGAUAAAU